AUGUGGGACAUGCCAGUCAAUGCUGAUAGAACUAUAACAGCGAACAGACCAGAUAUUAUCGUUAAAGAUUCAGUGAAUUCCACCUGCAAACCACGAGGAGCCGCAUGCAGUAAAAUUUCUGUCCCGUAAUUUAAUCAGUUAAAUCAUCAAAGUUGACAGGUCUUUCUGAUGAUCAAAGCGACCGUUCGGUUUACCAUUUACACCUUCAGUGCGAAGACUGUCACGGGAACAUUAACACCUUCAGGAUAAUUGCUUACCAUAACAGUGGUAGGUCGCGCGCGUCUGGUCGGUUUCGAAGAACGUGAUCGCGACUGUUGUUUUCAUUCAGUGACUGUGUGCGUUGAUAUGCCAACGUUUAAAACAGACUGCAACAUUAAAUUUUUGUUAUAGAAGCAAAGAAGCUGCUGAGUAGAAACUAAACCGUCCCAGACUUAUUCCGUUUCAUUCGUGUACUUUCAUUUUGAUGGGGUCUGUAUGAUGAAUUUACCUCUCCCUUCUAAUCAUGCACGUAAACAACAUAGAGAUAAAACAUUUCGUUUUGCUUUUGUGGAGUAAAUUCAUCUUAAAAAAGUUAAACUAGUCGACCACUUUCUCCGCGUACUUGUAAAAAUAGGCAUUUAAUAUGUCGCGCUACAGUGCGAAAAUCUUCUUGUCGUGGAUUAGAUUUCAGUAUACAUAAUUAUUGUUAAUCUUCAUUUCGCGCCAGAAUAAAUUAGUUUGCGCGCAAAGGGCUUCUAAAAAAAAUCACAAGGUUUGUCCCACUUCGGGUCCACCUUCUGGAGAUACGCCGGCAUGGUAGCUGAAAUACAUUGCCGAGGCGAAGAUCUGGCAUUUUUUCCUCCUCGUCGUUUUUUCCUCGCGACGUUUGUUUAUAUUUGUAGUGAGAAAAAAAAUUCCGUGCAUAUCGGUGGAUUUUACUUCAGUCAAGCGGCUUCAGUUCCUGCGGCUUGCUACUCAUCAUAAAGAAGAGUGCCGGAAUCGCUUUGUUCGCCUUUAACAGACUUGUUGUCGAAUGCAAGGUAAAAGAACGGACUACUGUAAGGUAAGAAUUGAAGUUUAAAUUUGUUUCUCGGCGAAAAAUAGUGCACAUAACUCGUGAAACCCGUGAGUAUUACCUCUGUUUAAUAUACCGGAUGUCAUGCGAUGACCCCUCGCUUUUACGAUGGAUAUGACGGAUACAAACAAUAAUUUCUUUCAGCUUUCGCAACGUUUAGAAUAAUUUACUUAAAAUGGAGAUCAUCUGAGGACGAUUUUUCGUUAUAUAUGCUUCAUUUCUUGAGUUAUUCCGGCUACGUGCGAAAAAUUAGAUGACAAUGUUUGUGUGCUAUAAUUAUACUGACAAUUUCUUGCACCUUGAAACUCAUGAAAGCCAAACUUGUUUAACCCUAGCAAAAACCUCUUUUAAUGGAGGAACUCAACCUGAUAGUUGCACUAAAAUCUAAUAAUUGUUACUGCAUUUGCAUGCUCUCUGUAACCUCGUGGGUAGAACAUACCUGAAGGUUACGUUAAUAAUAAUCAUUGCAUUUUCUCUUUGUAACCUCGUGGGUAGAACAUACCCGAUGGUUACAUUAAUAAUAAUCAUUGCAUUUUCUCUCUGUAACCUCGUGGGUAGAGCAUACCUGAAGGUUACCUUAAUACUAAUCAUUACAUUUGCUCUCCGUAACCUCGUGGGUAGAGUAUACCUGACGGUUACUUUUAAUAAUAAUCACUGCAUUUGCUCUCUGUAACCUCGUGGGUAGAACAUACCUGAUGGUUACAUUAAUAAUAAUCACUGCAUUUGCUGUCCGUAAACUCGUGGGUAGCGUAUACCUGAUGGUUACAUUAAUAAUAAUCAUUGCAUUUUCUCUUUGUAACCUCGUGGGAAAAAAAAUUAAUACCUCUCUCCUAGAAAUUUUGCCCUGUCCUUUGAGCACAGUGAUCUUUGGAUAGCGAAUUCACGAAAACAGGUUAAACGCUUCUUUUUAACAACAGCAUUUAUAUUAUUUGGCUUUUUGAGGGAGGUUAAAUAUUAAUGGAAUAGAAUAUAAAAAAAGCUGAUAAAGCGGGAAAAGUUAUCUUUACAAAAUGCGCUUUGACAAUGUCAAGAGUGAAAUAAGCUGAAGUCUUGUAGUUAGCCCGAAGAAAACCUGUUCCUGCAUGAAAAGCAGUUCUGAUUCCCUUCUCUUAACUAGAAGAGAUGCAAAUCCCUGUGAACCAGUUUUUUAACCAGGAGCGAUUCCCACUCACUUCUGAUACUUUAUUGACACAAGUUCCUAUUUCAAUAUAUGUCUAAUUCAAGCUUAGCCGCGUGAUAGCUCUUCAUUAGCGAAAAGGUCCAAGUGAUAUUUUGAUUGACAUGUUGUUUUGGAUCCUGAGGUUUUUUAACACCUUUUCUCUAGCUUAACUGGCGAAGAUAUUCUAGGAAUUUGCCCUUCAAUUCCAAAUUCUUUGAUGUGCCGCCAGAUGCCGUGCAAAAAUAUCACCCCUUGCGGCUCCUCGUGUAUUGAUAUGACUGUUCCAUCAGAUGGAAACAUCGCACUGAAGGAAACUGAAAAAAAAUGCAAGUACAAAGACCUAGAACUAGAAAUACAGAGAAUGUGGCAUAUGAAAACCGUAGUGAUCCCUGUGGUUGUUGGUGCGCUUGGUACAGUGGAGAAGGGUAUGGUAGAAAAAAAUCAAGAAAGUAUUAGAGAGAGCUACUAUGACAGAGAUUCAAAAGAUCUGCAUGCUGGGAUCUGCACGAAUCCUUAG